AUGGGGUUUGGCGGCGUUGUUCUCCGCUUCUUCAACCUAGCUAUUCGUGUCCUUCAAUUUCUUGACGGCGCGGUAAUUCUAGGAAUUUUCUCCUACUUUUUAGCUGUCCUCAGCCGCCAUGACCAGAACAUCCCUCAGUGGAUGAAAGCUACUGAGGGUCUGUCGGGUGCGGCGACCCUUUACGGACUAUUAGGCAUCCUCUUCAGCUGCUGUUUGGGAGGAGUCGCAUUUUUCGCCGCUGUGGCCGUUGUUCUCGAUGUCUGCUUUGUCGGAGCCAUGAUCGCUAUUGCGAUCAUGACUCGCAAUGGCACACAGCAAUGCAGCGGCCGAGUCGAUACUCCUUUAGGAUCAGGGGAAAGCAACGCAGAAUCGCCAUCUAAAGUGAAAUACGAGUUUGCCUGUCAACUCCAAAAAGUCACAUUCGCCGUUGCGAUCAUCGGAAUCUUUUUCUUCUUGGUUUCCAUUCUCUUCCAAGUCCUCUAUGCCCGUCACCACAAGCGUGAGAAGCGCUUCGGACCUUCCCCGGCCAACGAUUACACGUAUGGUACUCGUCCUCGUGCUUUCUGGCGUCGCAAGAAGAACAACCCGGAUACCGCCAGCGCCGACGAUAUGCUCCCAACCCAUCCUACUCCUCAGGAUGUUGAAUUAGGACCUACCCAGGAGAAGCCCAGUGGUUUUGGUAGCUUCUUCUCUCGAAACAAAGAUACCACUCAGACCACCCCGAAUGUGCCACAGAACGGCUAUGGCUACGGAAACUCCGCCUAUACGGGCAACUACUAAGACAACUACAUUCCAUACCACUUUCGAAAUGUGAAUGCCAUGGAAUUGUUCGAGAGAACACAAACAUGGUGUGCAAAACAAAACAAAAACAAAUAAAUAAAAUGAGAUACACUAUAACUGAAACCAACAAACUUUGGAGUUGUUGCAACUAAUCGCGCGGGUCUAUAUCCGCUCGGGAGAAACUGGGCAAUGGCUUUAUCAUCUAAUUGGGCUAGGAAGGUAAUAACGUCUAUGAAUAAUGAUUGCAAAUAAGAUACCAUGGUCUUUUUGGAUUUAUGUGGGGUGAUACUUUCCAGUACAGUACUGCAUUGGACGAUAUGGGCUUGGCUCAGUGUUUAAUGAAAUCAAAUUAUUACCUAAUUUAUGAGUAC